GGGAGGGAGAACGGGCGGCGAGCGCCGGGGCGAGUGGCGAGCCCUGGGUGCGGCCCCAUUGUUCGCGGUUCCUGGUGACAUGAGCAGCAAAGCAGGAGCCCCAGGUGUUCGCUGGCAGCUGGGCAAGGUGCACAGGGCUCCUGGGAGCCUGCAGGGAUGGGAAUCCAAGCAGGACUGAGCUGACGGAGCUGUGCCCUUCCCCGGGAGGAUCCAGCCCUUCCAAGUGGCUUUUCCCACCCAAAUUUCCCCUUUAUUAUGACCUGUUCCACAAGGGUGUUCUUCUAGAUCCGUGUUUUUCCUGGGAAUGGAGGUGCCCUUCGUGCUUCUCCUGACCAGGCUCGUGGCAGAAGUUGCAGGAAAAUCCACGGAAAACUCAGUGCCAGACCCGGAAUGUUGUGUGGAAAUGUUGGAUUCCAACAGCUCCUGCCCAGUCACCCAGCAGUGCAGCCCAGGAUGCUACCGGAGGUGGAAUGAGGAUGGCAGCAGCAGCUGCAUCAAGUGCAGGAACGAGACCCUGGCCAGCCCCUCUGGGCACAACCUCAGCGAGUGCAGGAACUCUGGGAGCAGAGGGCUGAACUCCCACAUGAACAUGAGCUCUCCUUUCAUCCAGAACUUUGGGGGCCCCGAAGUCGCCGCUUCUCUCAUUCUGGGGACGUUUCUCCUCAGUUUGUUCCUGAUCCUUUCUGUGGCUUCUUUUUUCUACCUCAAACGAGCCAACAAACUCCCAAAGAUUUUCUACAGAAGGAACAAAGCAUCUGUUCUCCAGCCCAGUGAAACAGCAUCCAUGAUCUCUCCUCCAGCUUCUUCAGCAGUGCGGAAGCCGCGCUACGUCCGCCGCGAGCGUGCCCUGGUCCCGCCCGGCCCCGCCGACAGCCGGGUCAGCAACGUGUGAGCCCCAGCCCGGGGCGUGCCUGGGAGCCGCUGAUCCCACAGGAACCCCAAAGGGAUUGUCCCGAACCCCUGAGAGCCGCUGAUCCCACAGGAACCCCAAAGGGAUUGUCCCGAACCCCUGAGAGCCGCUGAUCCCACAGGAACCCCAAAGGGAUUGUCCCAAACCCCUGAGAGCCGCUGAUCCCACAGGAACCCCAAAGGGAUUGUCCCAAACCUCGCCCCCAGCUCACGGCAGCGCCGGCCCUUUGGAGACAUCUGGGGGCUUUGGAGGGUCCUGCCCCAGGAUGGGGGAAUUCCUGAGGGAUUCGGGGGAUUUUCCCUGUUUGGGGAGAAUUCCUGAGGGAUUUGGGGGUAUUGGAGAGAAUCCUUAAGGAAUUCAGGGGAUUUUCCCUGUUUGGAGAGAAUCCUUAAGGAAUUCGGGAGAUUUUUUCCCGUUGGGGGAGAAUUCCUGAGGGAUCUGGGGGAUUUUUCCUGUUUGGGGAGAAUUCCUGAGGGAUCUGGGGACUUUUAGAGAGAAUCCUUAAGGAAUUCCGGGGAUUUUCCCUGUUUGGACAGAAUCCUUUGGGAAUUUGGGGGUUUUCCUUGGGAUGUGACCCCACAGCUGGAGCUGGGAUUUGGGAUGUGGAUCCGUUCCGGGCUGGACACUUGGCAAAGGGAUCCUCUCAAGUGCCACUGCUUUAACCUGGGACAGCAAUUAAUUAUGCUAAUUAAUUACGCUAACUAACCAUGCUAAUUAAUUAUGACAAUAAUUAAGAUGCAGAAUCCUUUGGAAGCAAAUCCCAGAUCCCACUGGGAGCUCUCCUGGUGCUCAGUCCAGGCCUGAUCCCAAAUCCUGGGAUUUUUUGGGGAAUUUUUCCAGCUCAGUCCUUGGAUUAAAUGUUCUCCAAGGGAUAAUCCAUUCCUGGAAUUGGGAAUUCCUGCUUUUGGGGCACUCGGGGAUCUUUGGGAUCAGCCACAGGGAUCGAGACAACCCCUGCCAGUGGAAAAAUGGGAUUUUUGGUGUGGGAAAUCCCUGGAAUUUGAGGCAUUCCCCAAUUCCAGGCAGCAGCCUCAGCUUUCCCCCAUGGAAUUGGUCCUGCCUGGGGAAUUUUGGGAACUUCAAAGAGCUGGAAAAGGAUUUUUUUCCUGACUGGGUCUCCCUGCAGUUUUUCCAUCCAAGCCUGAGGGUCCUAAAUCCAUGGAAAAGUCCUAAAUCCAUCCUAAAUCAGUGGAAAAAAUCCUAAAUCCAUGGAAAAGUCCUAAAUCCAUCCUAAAUCCAUGGAAAAAGUCCUAAAUCAGUGGGAAAAGUCCUAAAUCCAUGGAAAAGUCACUGUCAGCCCCUGGAAUUCCAACUAUUUUCCUCCUGGCUGGGCUGGAUCUGGGAUCCAUCCCAAAUCCGUCCCAAAUCCAUCCCAAAUCCCUGGGAUUUCUCGGUCCCCCCCUGGAGUUGCAGCUCUGGGCAUUCCCAGAGUUGGGAAUUUUGGUUCUCCCCUUUUUUCCCGAAUUUUUUAACGGGAAAAUGAGAACAGAGCUCUUGGAUCUGCCUCUCACCUGGAGGAUCCACAUUUCCCGGGGUUCCAGCCUUCCAAGAGGAGAAUUUGGGAUGGGAAGAAAUUCAUUUAUCCCAUGGAAAAAUCCCAUUUUUUCUGGGAAUUUUGGGGCAGCUGGAUUUGCUUUUAUCUCCUUAAAAAACAAGAUUUUGGUGGAAUUUUUAGGGGCAAACCCCAAAUCAUGGAGAGGCUCCUGUGCCAAAAAAUUCCAAAUUUUUCCUCUUUAUUAUGAGAAAUAAAAUUCUUUUCCUCCUGGCCAAGGAAUUCCAGUUGAAAUUCCCAAUUUUUUGGACGAUUUGGGAGAUUCCAACUUGGAAUUUUGAUCAUUUCAAUUUAUUUUUCUUUUUUGUGCUGCUGAGAUUUUUUUUCCCUUCCCAAGUAGGAAGGUUUUAUCCUGGAAUUCAGAAUUCCUGAGGAUUCUCCAAAUUCUCCAGGAUUUUCUGAAUUCCAAAGGGGAAAAAGAAAAAAGGCGGAACUAUGCAAAUGAUUCCAAGGAAUUGCACCUCUGGAGCUGGGAAUUCCUGUGUGUUAAUUCCUGUCCUGCUUAAUUGCUGACAUUUUAAUUUAUUGAAGGAUCAGCUCCUUUUUCUGUCUCUUCUCGUGUGGGAAUUGCUUUAAUUGCUGUCUAAAAAUGGGAUUUGUGUAAACAUCUAAAAAUCUAAUUCUGUGUGUGAUUAAAAUCGAGUUUUUCUCAGUGACUUUUACCCAGAAAAUGAAAACCCCGAGAUUUUUACCCAGAACAUUUCAAAAUCCUGAAAAUUUUACCCAGAAAAUGUUAAAAUCCCCCAAUUUUUUCUCGUUUUUUGGGGUGUGGUUCAGCUUUGUCAUUGCUGUGAACUCCUGGUCGAGUU